AUGAACCAGAAAACGCAAAAUCUUCCGAUGAACCAUUGCAUUGAAGACAGGCCAAACCAUAGAGCAGCUUGUGUGAUUGCAGAAACAGAGCUCGAGGCUACAAAUCACAGAGCUCGAGGCUACAAGGUGAAUAAAUCACUUUCUGCUUUGAAUGGGAAAGAAGCUGGAGCAUUUGGUCGCACCAUAACUGCGGUUGCAGUGAUUGACACGGCGGAGAAAGGUUACGAGAUCGGAGAGAAAAUGGUCCAAGUGUUCUUGAAGAUCGGAAACUUGAAAUCUACUGCUUCUGUGAAGAAACUUGAUAAAGUCGGAGCUAGACUUAUCGAAAGUAUGUAA